AAGACCAUAUUGAGCGGCUUCUGCAUCCCGUCGUUUCUAUCCCUCAAGGUACUCGUCAUCAAAGCGUUCGGUGCCGUCUUCGCCGUGAGCACCGGCAUGUGUCUGGGCAAGGAAGGGCCCUUUGUGCACAUCUCGACGUGCGUGGGCCAUCUAGUCGGCUCGCAGUUCCCCAAGUACGCCGCCAACGGGCGCAAGAUGCGCGAGCUGCUGAGCGCCGCGUGCGCCAGCGGGCUGAGCGUCGCCUUUGGCGCGCCCAUCGGCGGCGUGCUGUUCAGCUACGAAGAGGCAGGCCCCCGCCACGCACGCUGCCGUGCAAGCAACACAUCACAUGGCUGACCGCAUGCAGAUCAGCACGUACUUCCCGCGCAGCGUCCUCUGGCGCGCGUUCCUCUGCAGCCUGACGGCCGCCAUGGUGCUCAAGCUGCUCAACCCCACGGGCACGGGCAAACUCGUCCUGUUCGAGACCAGCUACGGCACCGAGUACGAGCCCGCGCACUACCUGGUGUUGAUGCUCCUCGGGGUCGCGGGCGGCAUCUUCGGCGGCCUGUUCUGCAAGCUGAAUUUCCUCUGGAGCAGGCGCUUCCGCCGACUUGCGCUGAUCGAGCAGAACCCCGUGUUGGAAGUCGCGCUCGUGGUGCUGGCGACGGCACUGCUGCAGUUCCCCAAUCCGCUGACGCGCGAGCCCGGCGACGUCGCUCUCAAGAGCGUGCUCGUCGACUGCGCGGAUCCCGCGUCGCAGCAUUCCUUCGUCUGCGUGCAUGAAGCGCGCACCGAGGGGACGACGAUUAACUGGGCCUACGUUGGCUGGCUGGCGUACGGGACGCUGACCAAGCUUGUCCUCAGCAUCGUCACGUUCGGCUGCAAAGUGCCGUCGGGCGUCAUCAUCCCCGCGCUGGACGCGGGCGCCCUCUUCGGCCGGCUGGCCGGCUACAUGGUGUCGUGCGCGGCGCCCAACGCCGUGUCGUCGCCGGGCAUGUUCGCGCUGGCGGGCGCCGCCGCGUUCCUGGCGGGCGUGAGCCGCAUGACCAUCAGCCUGGCGGUCAUCAUGCUGGAGCUGAGCGGCGAGCUCGCGUACGCGGUGCCGAACAUGGUGGCCAUACUGGUCGCGAAGUGGGUCGCGGACGCCAUCUCGGCCGCGAGCGUGUACGACGUGGCACAGACGGUGCUGGGCCACCCGUUCCUCGACGCCGACGUGGCUCUGCACGCCGUGCGCAAGACGGACCUGCGCGUUUCAUCGCUGAUCCCGCCGGCGCGCACAAUGGCAGCCAUCACCGUGCUCGUCCCGCCGGGCAACAACACCGUCGCGGCAUCGCUGCUGCAGCGCAAGCUCGCCGCGCUCAGGAGCAGGGGGCUGAUGGACGCAGGCCUGGUGCUGGUGCAGACGCGGCCGCCCUCGACCGUCCCCGUGCUGCAGGGCUACCUGGCGCAGCCCGAGCUCGCCGCGGGGCUGGCGUGCGCGCAGCCAGACCGCGCCGUGCGACUCCUCGGGCCGGCGGGCGACGAUGCGGAUGCAGAUGCGGAUGCAGAUGCGGAUGCGCUCGACCUCAGCCCGCUCGUCGACCACGCGCCGCUAUCGCUGUGCCGCUCGGCGCCGGUCGAGGUCGCAGUCGAGAUGUUCGCGAAGCUGGGGUUGCGGUACCUGUGCGUGACGGCCGAGGGCACGGGUGCGCUGGUCGGGGUGGUGCUGAAGAAGCGGCUGGUGGGGUUUAUCGAGGGGCUGGAGGAGUAGAGAAGCGCGGGGGGAGGCUGCGGAGUGAAAGGGUGAGAUGGGACGCGCUCGGUGUGGAGACGAGAUUUCAUUAACGCGAUUAAAUACCUACACAUACCUAC